UCGUUACAUCGUCGUUUUUUUGAAAUCUAUAAAAAGAAAAAAACUAUUUCAUUUAAUUUGUCUAUAAUACGUAUAUAAACAAUCAAAGUCGAUAGGAUCAGUUCUAUUGGAAAUAAAUCGAUUAUUCGAUUAAUAUUGAGAUUUUCCAAGACUUGGAAAACGGCGCGAAAUUUGAAAGAAGAAUAUACGAGAUCCUCGAUGACGAUUUAACAAUUCUGGGACACUCGAGAAAUCUUGACCGUUUAUAACCAUCGUAAAGUCAAGGAAAGUCUUCAAAGUAUGAUAAAAUUUUGAAGAAAUGGCGGACGAUCCAAAUCGAGAUAUUUUGCCCGUAAAGGAGGGAUCUUGCAUCGAGACAUAUCGUAGCCUUAUAGAUCCCAGGGAACGUCGUUUGGUGAGCAAGCUCGAUCGUUGUCAGUUGGAGGACAAAUAUUUGCGAUUAUUCGAGGAAGCGAGUAAAUUGAAAAAGUUAUCCAACUAUCAGGAAGACAAGAUCAAGCGACUGGCUACAAAACUAAUGAGAGUAGCCGCUAACCCAAGGGCGUGCGUUUCUUUGGAUUGCAACGAUAAAAACAAAAUAACGGCCCUCGAGGUCGAGAAUUCCAAGUUAAAAAAUAAAUUAUCCGUACUGAGGAAUCAACUGUUGAGUCAUACAAUGAGCGGUGUGUCACCAACGAGAAGCCGUCGGCCCCACACAAGACCAUCCUCGGGACUCAUAACUUGUCGCAGCGAGAACAGUCGUAUAAGGGCCCCGUCCUGCCAAUGCAUCGUUCAGACACAUCAGAUACGAAAUGACGACAACGACGUACAAAAUUAUCUUGUUAAAAUCGAGGAAUUAGAAACGCAAAAAAAAGAAAUGUCGUCUCAUAUAACGGAAUUAGAGAAGGAACUAGAGUCUUAUAUGGUAAAUAAUCAGAGGGAGAAAGUAGUUGAGAACAUCGAGUAUAUAAAGGUUUGGCGACAAAUGAAACAGUUGAGCGACAAAUUGAUAGCUGCUCAGAAUACAAACGAGUCGUUGAACCUACAAAUCAACGACCUCAAAAAAAUCCUCGAGGAGACAACAAAAAAUAAUCAGGAAAUAACAGUUUGUCUAAUGGCAGAGAAGAAACGAAUAGCCGGUAUCGAUGGACAGAUGAUAAAAGCAAAAGAUUCUCAAUUAACGUUACGCGAAAAAGAUGAACAAAUAAGAGAUUUAAUGAAUGAGAUGAAAAUUUUGCAACAACAUAAUAACGAGUUAAUCGCUUUGAGUUCCAAAUAUGGGCAAGUCGAAUUAGAAAAUGUUGAAUUGAAAAAGAAGUUUACGCAACAAUUUACCGAUCAGCAAAGUUUCAAAGUAGCAUUUAGUACUGAACAAGCUAAUAUUGCUGCUCUACAAACUGCUAAUGAACAAUUGUUAAUGAAACUUCAGUAUCUGCAGAAAAAUAUGGACACUCUAACGGUUCAAUUAGCGAUCAUUCAAAAUGAUAAUAAAAAGCAUGAAUCAAGUACCAAAACGGAAUCGUCUAAUGAUUCUGCUAAAGCUAAAAAUACUCCCAAAGAUAUGAAAUCGGCAAUUGAAAGAUGUAAAAAAUGUUGUGAGACGUUCGACAAGAUUCUAUACCUCGAAAAAGGUGUGAAUACGAUACGGCAAGAUAGUAAGCUUUUGAACAAGUGCGUACAAACGGACUGCGUACCUUGUUCAAUUUCUAUUAACACAAAAGAAGCAGGUACUUCAAUGAUGACUUCUUCGGAUCAGCCAUCAUCGACACAAGAACAUAUGAUUAUGAAACAUCAGGAGGUUGAUCAAAUGAUACAAGAAAAGAAUCCUUUGUCGCGCGAAAAGAUGUUGAAAUUAUUGGAUCAAGCGCAGAUCAGUACGCCAUUGAAAGCAGGAAGAAUCGGACAAUCGGAUAUUCCUUCUGUGGUCGAUUGCGAAGCCAUGCAAGACUUUAGCCAAAGACACAGAGACGCAGAUGUGGCAGAUCAUGUUCAAACAAGAGAUUUAAAGAAUUUACUCGCAACGCUCGUCGAUGUUCUUCGUAAAGAAUAUUCUUCAUCAAAGAAUUUUUUAAUCCCCGUUCAAGAACAAACUAGCUUGUAUCGAAAUCCGCUUUUAUAUAAUGAAAAGCAAUUAAUAAAAGACGUGCAGACGGAUAUUAACAAUAACGAUGAAACGAAUCGGCAGGUUGAUAUAGGAAUACAAUUAAGCAAACAUCUGAUCUUCAAAAACCCACAAUACGAAGACAGCCAUGAUCUAUCUUCGGAAAAUAUGCAAAAUUGUAACAUGAAAAAGCUUUGUUUCAUUAAUCAAGAUAAAUCGCAAAAUCGUAAUUAUUCGGAAGAAAGAAACUUUAAAACAAACGUUACGAGAACUCAAAAUCAAAUGACGAGAUCUACAGAGACCGGCGAAUGUAAUUGUACCAAUUUGAAAAAGUGUCACGCAGAAUCAGAUUGUGGUUAUUUUUGUUGUACCAAUUAUUCGAAGCAAUCUUAUGAAAAACAUAGAGAUAAUGUAAGAAAUCAGGAUCUAAAAGGUUCGUCUUCGUUGCCAAUAAAAAGAAGUGAUAAUAAAUGUGCAAAAAUAAUCGCCGACACAGCUUAUACCAAACGUUAUAUAAAUGACGCCAUGAAUUCUUUCGAAUCCUGGAAGAUGAAUGUAUCAACGCAGAAGAACGAAGCUUUUGCUACCGAACAUUUGGAUAGAUGUAAAGAGCUUUUGGAUGAAUGUUGGUUGAAAAAUACGAAGAAAAUUCGUGUGAAUAACAUGUUGGGCCAUUUACGAGGCAUGGGAGCAAUGAAAUCACCUCGUAUAUGCAACAUGCCAUGCCGAACGGAAGAUCAGAUAAAACCGUUAGAAGAAAACGAAGAAGAGUUACGCUGCAAUCCUAAGUGUCCAACCGAAUGUGUAGAUCUACCACCAUAUCCGACGAGUUCAACGCCUUUAUUGAUUACAAACGGUCAAGGUCUUGUGGAAAUUCAUGUUCUCUCUCUGCAGCUUGCUACAUCUGCAGCGGCAGUUCUUUUUCAAGAGGAGAAUCUUUCCAACGUGUCCUUAUUCAUCAGUUGGAAUAUCUGGGGUCAAGAGACAGUUUGUACGCCAACGUUGAAAUAUCCAAAGUUAAACUUCAAUUCGUCCUUCGUUUAUCAUAUACCGGAUCUAUUUACGUUCUUCAAUUGCGCUCUGUCGGAAUAUGUCAUCUUUCAGGCGAACGUCGUUGAACAGAAUACAACGACUUACGCUGUGGCUAAAGCAAAAUUGUCUAUCAAGGAUAUACUUGAUUAUCCUCAAAAUAAGUUACAUUAUAUCGCGCCUAUGAAUAGCGUUAUAUCUUGUACACUCGGCAUGAACUUCGGACAAUUAUCCUUGUGGGUGAGAUUGAGCUGUGAUGUCGAGCAGGUCGACGCAUUCAAAAGGCAGUGCGGCUUGCUUCCACCAAUGCAACAGAUUCAGAAAGCGAUUUUUCAAGAGGAUCUUUCUACAUUGAAGGAAACAAAUAAAGAAUAUCGAACAAUCUUUAAUGACACUGCACGUAGGUUCCCACAAAUUCGAAAUACGAUUGAUAUACAUGCAGAAGCAAUGUCAAAUAUUAACGAAAAAAAGAAAUGUAAGAAAGAAAUUGAAAAUCCAACCAUUAACUCGACCAAUGUUAAACCUACUACCUAUAUCAAAAAUGGAUCAUUUAACAGUGAAAUGAUGUUACUGUCGAAACAAUCUAAGGAAAUUGCAAGAUGGGCAACUAUGGAAGAAGAGAGUAAUAAUGUGACUCAGGCAGACAAAGUGAACAUCGAUGAUUUUAAUUCUUUUAUUUCCCAUCCAUUGGAAAAGGAUACAAUCGUAAUUCAGAUCAAUAAAAUAAUUCUAUUUGAAAAUAGUUCAGUCAUGCUCGACACUGAGGUUCAUUUGCUUUAUUUGGAAUAUUCUUUUCUCGGUUAUCGUGGUGCUGAUAUGGAAACAGAAUCAGUAAUGAAACCAAAGACAGCCGAAGAGCCAUUGAUUUAUAAUUUUAAAAAAAUAUUUCCGAUAGACGAGGAACAUCACUCGAUCGAAAGGAACACAUUGCGAGCUAUGUUAAAUGAAUCUAUCAAUCCAAACAUUAAAUUUAUUUUAGUGAGCGAACCACUUCCUGAAGAAACGGAUAUUAAAGAUUGUAUGGAAAUCGGGUAUGCAUAUUUUAACAUAAGAGAAUAUGCAUUGGGUGACAAUGAUCAAAGCAUAACGCUACCAAUUAUAGACCAAACGCAAAAUGAAAAAAUAGGUUCAUUAACGGUAAAUUCAAUAGUAUUAUAUUGUAAACAAAUACUUAUAUCGAGGAUAUUUUUAUUAUAGUGAUGUAUAUAUAUAUAUAUACUGAUAAUGAAACUUAAUGAGCGCGUAACGCUCUUACCCCCACCAUGACGCUUCGACUCACUGAUGAUAUCUCGAUGCUUGGUAACACUACUGCGCAGUCUUUCACAGUCCAGGGAUGAGUAUUCAUCGCGCGCAGUAUUCAUACUCCUCGUCUAAUCAUUAUUUUCUUAUUUAUUGUCAUGUUCAAUUAGGUCAUUUAAUUAGGUCAUUAUUUGGGCAAUUAAUUUGACGAUCGAGUAAUAAGCUAUGACUAUUAAUAAGUUUACAAUUAUUUCAGACAAAUUUAUAUCUUGUAUAUAAUAUUUUUUU